AUGUCUACUGAUAAGACCACGAACAAGAUGCAAUACGUGCGCCUCGGCAAGUCUGGCCUUAAAAUCUCGAAGAUCAUCCUCGGAUGCAUGUCCUACGGAAGCCCGGAGUGGCAGGAGUGGGUGCUCGGUGAGGAGGAGGGCUUGAAGCACAUCAAGUUCGCGUAUGACCACGGCAUCACGACCUUCGACACCGCGAACCUGUACUCCAACGGACGGUCCGAGGCCAUCAUCGGCAAGGCGAUCAGGGAGUUCAACCUCCCGCGUGAAGAGCUUGUCAUCAUGACUAAGCUGUACUUCCCGAAGCCGAAGGACGUCAGUACGGUCCUCUGGCGCGGUGACGACGCGGAAGCGCAAGAGCAUGGUAUAAUCAACCAGAAGGGGUUGAGCCGCAAGCACAUUUUUGAUUCCGUGAAGGAGAGCCUGAAGGAGCUGCAGCUCGAGUACAUUGAUGUGCUGCAGUGCCACCGCUUUGACUACGAUACUCCGAUUGAGGAGACGAUGCAAGCUCUCCACGAUGUCGUCAAGGCCGGCUACGUGCGUUACAUUGGCAUGAGCUCCUGCUACGCCUAUCAGUUCCACAUGAUGCAGAACUACGCGAUCACGCACAACCUCACGCCUUUCAUCUCGAUGCAGAACCACUACAGCCUGAUCUACCGUGAGGAGGAGCGCGAGAUGAUCCCUACCCUCCAGCACUUCGGCGUCGGCGCCAUCCCGUGGUCGCCGCUCGGCCGCGGCCUGCUCACGCACCCGCUCAAGACCGAGACGCUUCGUUCGAAGACCGACGGGUACCUCACGCUCUUCAACAUCCCCGCGAUCCCCGCGAUCGUCAACCGCGUCGAGGAGCUGUCCAAGAAGAAGGGCGUGAGUAUGGCGCAGAUCGCCACCGCCUGGAUCCUCGCGAAGCCGGGCGUGUCCGCGCCCAUCAUCGGGACGACGAGCCUGAAGAACCUGGAGGACAUCCUGGGUGCUCUCGAUGUGACGCUCACGGAGGAGGAGAUCAAGUACCUCGAGGAGCCCUAUGCACCGGUCCCGAUCGUCGGCCACACCUAA